ACUGCUAUUUGGAGCAAAUAACCUCCCCAAAAGUAAAAAUUGUAACUUUGUUUUCCUUCCCAUUUCUGGAAAUCGUCAAUUUCAUCUGAUGAAUGCCUGAUUUCGUCAAAGAGUUUACUUUUUCCCUUUAAAUGCAUAAAUCUCUGCUCUUCUUCUUGGACGGGCACGGGAACGCCUCUGAGAUCAAAGCCAUGGGGCAUAAUCAUUCAAGAUCUUUAAGAGUUCAAGAUGAUCAAGACUUGGGAAAACUCCCAGAAGUUAAUGGUGAUGAAACACAAAUACAGGAUUCUACCAUCAGGAUGGGAAAAUCCUUGAAAGAUAAAGUACUGUCCAGGGUUUUCUCAGAGGACUUUGGAAGAGUGAAGACAAUGGUACUAGAUCCGAGAGGAGCAAUCAUUCGCCGGUGGAGCAGGAUUUUUUUAAUAGCAUGCUUGUUUUCAUUGUUCCUGGACCCUUUAUUCUUGUUCUUACCAGCAAUUUCAGAUCAAGCAUGCAUUGAAACUGGAAUGUCCCUUACUGCAGUUAUUCUUACAAUUAUUAGAUCACUGGCUGAUAUCUUUUACAUCAUUCAGAUAUUCCUUCGGUUUAGGACAGCUUACAUUGCUCCUCCUUCCCGGGUACUCGGGAGAGGAGAGCUUGUGAUAGACUCUAGGAAGAUUGCUUUGAGGUAUCUUCGGUUGGAUUUGUGGAUUGACUUCAUUGCUGCCUUGCCUCUUCCUCAGGUUUUGAUCUGGUUUGUCGCCCCCAAUCUUAAAGGCACAGAGAUGUCAAACGCAAAAUCUAAACUUCUAUUAAUACUCAUUGUCCAGUAUAUCCCCAGGCUCUUUCUCAUUUUCCCUCUCUCAACCGAAAUUGGAAAGGACACAGGUGUUGUGAUACAAACAGCAUGGACAGGCGCUGCUUAUAACAUGCUUCUCUACAUUCUAUCAGCCCAUGUUAUUGGAGCAUGGUGGUAUUACUUUUCAGUUGAAAGACAGGAAGGAUGCUGGAAAAGUGCCUGUGAUCUUGAGCCAGCUUGUCAGUAUGAUUACUUUGAUUGCAACUGGCUUAGUGACGCUGGGCGAAAUUCCUGGUUCAAUUCAACCAAUGUCACUAACUUAUGCAAUGGAAAUGGUAACUUCUUUCAGUACGGCAUGUAUAAUUACUCCUUGAUGCUCAAUGUUCCAAGUACAGAAUUCUUGAACAAGUUCUUCUUCUCAUUUUGGUUCGGACUACAGAACUUGAAUUGUUUUGGUCAAAACCUUGGCACAAGCACUUUUGUUGGAGAGAAUAAUUUUGCCAUCUUUGUGGGAGCUCUUUCGCUUGUUCUCUUUGCAUGGGUCGUGGCAAAUAUGCAAAGAUACCUCCAAUCCACUACUGUUAGGAUAGAAGAAUGGAGAAUCAAGAGAAAUGAUAUGGAGCAAUGGAUGCAUCACCGGCAACUUCCUCAGGAGCUCAAAGAGUCCAUCAGAAAAUAUGAUACAUACAAGUGGCUAGCCACUGGAGGAGUUGAUGAAGAAGCUAUUCUCAGCGGCCUUCCCAUGGAACUCCGGCGAGAUAUCAAACGCUACCUCUGUCUCAAUCUUGUUCGACGAGUGCCACUGUUCGACGAAAUGGAUGAAAUAAUACUGGAUGCUAUAAUUGAGAGGCUUAAACCGGCCUUGUCUACUGAGAGAACGUUCCUAGUACGGGAAGGUGAUCCUGUACAUGCAAUGCUGUUCAUAAUCCGAGGCUACCUUGAUUCCUACACCACAGGUGGCGGCCGGGUUGGGUUCUUCAACUGUAGUCGGCUUGGCCCUGGUGACUUCUGUGGAGAGGAGCUUCUGACGUGGGCUCUAGACCCUCAUCCUGGCAUCAUCCUGCCAUCCUCUACCCGAACCGUUAGAGCGGUAACUGCGGUUGAGGCAUGUUCUCUCAGAGCGGAGGACCUAAAGUUUGUGGCAUCACAGUUUAGAAUUCUGCACAGCAAGCAACUUAGACACAAGUUCCGUUUCCAUUCCCACCAGUGGAGGACAUGGGCAGCCAGUUUAAUUCAGGCUGCCUGGCGGCAGUAUAAGAAGCGAAAGGAAGCGGCUGACCUCAGAGACAAGGAGAAGCAGAUGUCUGCGAGGACUGACCUGGGUUUACCGGGAUCUGGCUUGACUAUGUUUACAGCAAUAGUAGAAGCAAGCUCCAGGUUGGGUCUUAAUCUGAGUUUCAGGUCUGAAUCUAGUUUUGGAAGCUCAUUGCAGAAACCACCAGAGCCUGAAUUUUUUCAUAGAUGACAAGUGGCUUGUUAUGUAAAACUAGCUCAUUUGAUGACCAAGCACCCAUGAGCCAAGUCUAUGUAAUGCUUACAUAUGAUAUGCAUAUAUGAUAUAUGUAUUAAAUACUUAAUAAGUUA